AUGUCCACAUUCGACUUUGUUGUCGUCGGAAGUGGCCCGUCCGGUAGUGCCCUCGCCGCCGGCCUCGCCAACUCAACCGCCAAGCCUCGUGUGCUCCUCUUGGAAGCCGGAGACGCCCAAGAGGACCGUAACCUGCGCGUGGACGGCCAGCGAUGGACCACUUUCACAGACCAGUCGAUGAACUGGGGCUUCAAGACCACCCCGCAGCCGGACUGCGCCAACCGGGAAAUUGACUACAGUCGAGGCCGCUGCAUGGGUGGUUCCAGUGCCAUCAACUUCGGCGUCUACAGCGUCGGCGCCCGAGACGAUUACCAGGAGUGGGCUCGUAUCGUCGGUGAUAACGAAUUCGCCUGGCCGAGUAUUCAGCGCCGCUUCAAGGCCCUGGAGACUUUCCAUGGUCAGAUUCCGGACGGAAUCGAUAGCAAGUAUGCGGAUCCUAAGACCAGACAUCAUGGCAGCGAGGGGCCUUUGCAUGUUGGCUUUGCCCGCGAGUGGGAGCGUGAUUUGACCGAUGUGCUGGAUGUCUUUGAGGAAGCUGGCUUCCCUUUGAACCCGGAUCACAACUCUGGAAACCCAAUUGGUAUGUCGGUUUUGAUCAACUCCGCACACAGAGGUCUGCGCUCCAUGGCGAGUGAUUUGACCAAAGACAAGCGGGACAACUUGACCAUUAUCACUGGCGCACCCGUGCAGCGCGUGCUUCUGGAGGGAAAGAAGGCCGUGGGUGUCGAGUCGAACGGAAAGAAAUACUACGGCAAAGUGGAAGUCAUCCUCUCCGCAGGCUCACUGAACGACCCCCGCAUCCUGAUGCACUCAGGAAUCGGCCCAGCAGCCCAACUCCAGCAAUAUCAGAUUCCAGUCGUGCACGACGCCCCCGCCGUCGGCCAAGGUCUACGCGACCACUGCUUCGUGCCUAUGGUCAACACCCGCACGGAGACAAGCACAGACCGCAAAGCCUUCUACGGCGACAAGGCCGCCAUGGAAGCCGCCCAAAAGCAAUGGCAAGAGGACGGCACAGGACCAUGGGCGAAGUUCGCCUGCGAACUGGGCAUCGGCUGGUUCAAGCUCGCCGAGCAACUCACCUCUUCUCCGGAAUUCAAGGCCCUUCCAGCCGACGAGCAGAAAUACCUUCUCUCAGAGACUGUGCCUCACUACGAAAUCCUGACUCACUUCCCAAUCCACUGGUUCAUCCCUGACUUCCCAGCCGAUGCCCUCAACUACUCCUGCCUACUGGUCUUCUUGUUCAACGCCCAGACCCGCGGCGAAGUCACACUCCAGUCCACGGACCCUGAUGCCCCUCUCUCAUUCAACCCGAAGUUCCUAGCUCAUCCAUUCGACCGUAAGUUGGCUAUCGAGGCUCUGCGUGACUCGUUCCGUGUCGCGAAGCACGCUUCCUACAAGAAGGAUAAUGUUGCUGAGCUGGCUAUGCCGAAGGGCGAGUCUGAUGAAGAGCUGCUAGAGUAUUGGCAGCAGAAUAUCUCGUCUAGCUGGCAUAUGACUGGUACUGUGAAGAUGGGCAAGAAGGGUGAUGCCGAUGCUGUGGUUGAUCAGGACUUCCGCGUCAAUGGAAUUGAGAACUUGCGUGUUGCUGAUAUGUCUGUUGUGCCUGUGCUGGUUAAUGCGCAUGUGCAGUCUGUCGCUUAUGUGACUGGUGUUACCUGUGCGGAGAAGUUGAUCAGGGAGUAUCAGCUUAAUGGCGCGCCCCGGGCAUCCAAGCUUGCCUAA